GUAGACUGGUAGUAAAUGUCAGUGCUUGCACGCAAUACCUCUCAGGAGAAAUUAGCGGAACACUAUUCAGAGGAUUUUACAAAAGUUAAUAGAAUGCAGCGAGUACCAGUUAUAGAUCACAAUGGCUUCAUUUUGACUGAAAGCAUUGCAAUACUGAAGUAUUUAUCUCGAGAGAAUGUCAUUGCUGAGAGUCUUUACUCUAAGGAAUCCAAGCUUCAGGCCAGGAUUGAAGAAUUCCUUGAGUGGCAACAUAUAGGUCUUCGUUUGCACUGUGCCAUGUAUUUCAGAGUUGUGCAUAUGGACCCAAUAUUGACUGGAAGAAAAUCAGACGAAAAAACUAUACAGGGCUACAAGAGACGCAUGAUGAUGGCCCUCGACGACUUCGACACUAAGUGGCUAGGCAGAGGAACUGCGUUUAUUGUAGGCGAAACUCCUACUGUGGCGGAUUUGGUCGCCGCCUGCGAAUUGGAACAGCCAAGGAUGGCCGGUUUUGAGCCCAAGGAUCAUUUCCCGAACAUAGCGGCGUGGUGGCCGAAAGUGCGCGACCAUUUUGCACCUCACUACGAAGACGCACACGUCAUAUUAAAUAAAAUUAUCAAUAAAAUGGAUCGUGCGGCUAAUUCUAAACUUUAAUUUUAUGUAUGUGUUUUUUAAAUAUUAUUGUGAUUAUGAUAAUAAGGUUGGGUUUUUAAGUAAUAAAAUUCGGGUGUGGGGUGUGGUAUGUUAAUGAACUUUGUAA